AAAAAUUAUUGUCCUUUCACAGCGAAGAACGCGACGGGACGCGGGAAGAAGAAGAAGAUCUCUUUGUAAUGAUCAGGCUUCCUGUAUAAGCUCAUACCGUUGUAGUUAAGUAUCUUCAUCUUCCCGAUGUUGAGCCGGGAUUUGACUAGAUAGCAGUACUGUGUGCGCAGGAGGAGCUAAGACCGUUCUUCAUCUUUCGAUGCGGUCAGUAUAGUGAUAGUGAAGUAGAAGUGGUUACGUACCAAAAUAAUUAUCACCAGCAUCAAACUACAAAGGAACCAAAAUGCAGGGUUCUGGCGGUUUCCACGGCCGCGGGGCCGGGUCGCAGCGCAUGAACAUCGCGGACGGGACAAAACGGGUGAUGAACCAGAUGGCCAAGCAGGGCAUGUUCAACGAAGAGUUGUAUAAAAAGGAGAUUGACAUGAGCAAAAUUACCUUCGACAGCAUAAAGCCCUGGAUUAAGACGAAAGUCAUCGAGAUAAUGGGAUUCGAAGACGACAUUGUUAUCGAGUACUUACUACUACAUUUCAAUGCGAAUUUUUUCGUAGGUUUUUUUUUUUUUGCGCAUGGCAAAUUGGCAUUUCUUUAUUUUUUCACUCUGUAGUACUAUUGCGUUUGCGAAGCAUGACAAAUGAUGUGUCUAUCCCUAGAUUUCCUGCAUCCGAAGCUGCUUGCGGCGACGGUGCAAAGGUUUUUGAUGUGGCGCAGUCGGGUAUGCAUGACAAAUGAAUAUAUUAUCUAUCAAGCAUGAGAAAUUUUCAAAAUCCCAGGUAUGUGAACUCCCAACUAACUUUCGAAAAGCAGACCGCGGACGAAAAAAUUGAGCCGAAAAAGUUCCAAAUGAACUUGACCCCCUUUCUCGGCAAGCAGACCCCGGAAUUUUGCCAGGAACUGUGGGAGCUGCUCAUCUCUGCCAUGAGCGAACCCUCCGGCAUUCCGAAGCGGUUCGUGGAAGAGAAAAAGAUGGAAAUGGACGCGAAACGGUUGAAGGCCGAGCAAAUCGGGCUGCAGCUGCAGAACCAACCCAAUGUGGGGCCGAUGGGGAUGCCGAUGGGUGGCCCGGGCGGGUUUCCGUACCAACAACAGCAACCGUACAUGAACAAAGGAGGUGGAGGUGGACCAGCACCUGCACAAAAAGGAGGCGGCUACCGCUACAACCCCAUGCCCCCGCAGCCGCACUUUUCCCAGCCGACCGCGAAUCCCGAAGCGCAGUCGCACCACAUUCCCGGCGUGGGGCCGUUGCUCGGCGCCGCGCCGCCGCAGCCGUUUCAGCAGUUUUACGGUGGCGGCAUGGUGCCGCCGCAGGGAAAGAUGGGUGGCAUUGUCCCCAUGGAAUGGCAGCAGCAGCAGCAGAUGAUGGGCGCGGUUGCAGCGGUGCAACCACCUGCUGUGGGCGCCGGUGGGCAGCAGCAUCAUCAACAGCACGGUGCUGAUCUUCAUCAGGCGCAGGGGAUAGUAGUACAACAGCAGGGGUCAACUACAUCUCCGAGAGGACAACACAGACGGGAGGAUCGGGACUACAUGCGAAAAUCCACUACCCCCGGUCGUGGGGAAGACGAACACCAGCGAGGCGGCGACGACGUCGAAAGGCGUGACCACCGGAACCGCGACCGGCAACGCCGGAGAGGGAGUGACGACCAUGGUGGCAGAGAAGAUCAUGGAGCCGACCAGAGAAGGGACAGGUCUAGAAGGCGAGGCGGCUCCACAGAGCAGGACAAGAAAAGCCGGAGGGGAGCAGAAAUAAACCAUGACGAACAGGAGGGAGAAGCGGAACAACCACAGCCACGAUCGGAGCGGGCGAAAAACCGAGACAGGGAGAGAAAGAAGGAUAUCGUAGUUAAAAAUGUGCCCACACCAUAGUUGUAAUGCAAAUCUGCAUGCUGAAAAUGUUUCUCAUGCGGAGCCCCAUGAGAAGCGUUUUCUAGUCGUGUUGUGGAAUUUGUCAUUCUCCAAGCAGCAUGACAUACUAGAUCUGUGAUGCUACAACUGAACUACCUUAAACAGCACUACACUACGAGUCCAAAUUUGUCAUGCAAAACAGCCAGAGCUUGUGGAUUUGUCUAGCCGAUUCCCCAUCUUGACUAUGGGUGUGGGGACGUUUUUACAUAGGAUAAAGGAAAAGAAGGCUUCGCGGUGGGACGAUUCCGACUGAUGUGAGUCUGUUUUUUGGUUUGGAUUCUCGCUGUUUUUGUACACCAAUUUGGGCUAAUAUUUUUUAUCACGGCCUCUACCAAUAAAACCACGACACUAAAACCACGAGUUUUUUUGCAGUGCUUCUUUUAGCAGCUGCGCCAUCUACUUCAACCGCACGACUACAUGGAUUUGUUUCAUUUCCCUGGCAGAAGUAAUUCUCGAAGUAUGGGAAUC